GCUGGUGAAAGGGCAACUCAAUUUUAGAUGCUGAGGGUUCACAUUAACAGCUAUGAAUAUCAAGUGAAAGAUCAUGACCCGGAUCUGCAGUUUUAUUGCUACUCUAAAAACGCCUCCGUGUUCUCUCUAUUCUGUGGUUGUCAGAUCUUCAAAAGGACAGGGAGAGAAUGUUCUACUACCACUGUUAGUUCAUCUUAAUCAGCCAGACGCAAGCAAAAUUCCGGACGCAGCUUCACAUCUGCUCGGCGAAACUCGCUGAUCGCUUUCCGCUGGCCAUGGGUAGACAAAAGAUCUAUUUGGAAAAAUUGUCCAAGACCUUCCAGAUCCGCAACCUACUGCUUCGCCAGGCUUUGGCAGAAUGUCUGGGCACCCUCAUCCUUGUGAUGUUUGGCUGCGGUGCCGUGGCCCAGUUGGUGUUGAGUAGUGGUUCUCAUGGUCUGUUCUUGACGGUUAACUUUGCCUUCGGCUUUGCGGCCACCUUGGGAAUCCUAGUCUGCGGCCAAAUAUCAGGAGGACAUCUGAACCCCGCGGUGACCUUUGCCCUCUGCCUACUUGGGAGAGAACGCUGGAGAAAGUUUCCAAUGUACUUCCUUUUUCAGACAAUUGGCGGUUUCUUUGGUGCAGCCAUCAUUUUUGGAAUGUACUAUGAUGCCCUGUGGGACCGUCCUGGUGCGUUCAAUGUCACUGGCCCAAAUGCCACAGCUGGAAUCUUUGCCACCUAUCCCGGAAAACAUCUCACCCUUGUCAACGGCUUCUUUGAUCAGAUUAUUGGCACGGCAGCACUGAUUGUUUGCAUCCUGGCUAUUGUGGAUCCCUACAAUAAUCCCAUCCCACAAGGACUGGAGGCCUUCACUGUGGGCUUUGUGGUUCUGGUCAUUGGCCUGUCUAUGGGAUUCAACUCUGGCUACGCCGUCAAUCCCGCCAGAGACCUCGGACCUCGUCUUUUUACCGCAAUGGCCGGCUGGGGUGUCGAAGUCUUCACUGUCAGAAACGGUUGGUUCCUGGUGCCCGUUUUUGCCCCCUUUCUGGGCACCAUCAUCGGCGUGAUCAUCUACCAAAUGAUGGUUGGCUUCCACGAGGAGGGAGAAGUACGCGACAGGAGGAACGCAGAGACCGAGGAGAACCUGCGACUCACCGACGUCGCCGCCAACGACAAAUCGACAGAGGCCACCAAGCAAGUGCAUUGAGCAGCUUUUGCGUAUUUUGUUGAAUUUUUUUUCCGACCAUGGUUAAACUGCCAGAUUGGCGGGAUGUUGAAAUGAAGCUAAUUUCCGUUCUUUGUGUUUGUUAGAUUGCGUCACGUUUGUAGUGGAAAGACUGUAAACAUAACACAAAAAAAUUUUUUUUAAGAAGAGAUGACAUUGUGUUCCCCAGUCUUCAAGUUAAACAGUGUUUUAUAUUUUGUACCGAUGUAGUUUUAAAAACCGUUUCAUGAAGAGAUUUAUAUCUUAAAUGUCCAAAUAAGCACUUAGGUGGGUGUGGCUCCAAGUUAAUAUCAAUGUCAGUCCGGACAAUUUCAAUAUUUAAAUUCAAAUUUAAAUUUUCUUUUUUUUUAUAUUUUACUGUGUGGAAACAGUUCUAUCACAAUCAGUUCUACCAUGUUUUUUUGUUUUGUUUUAUUUUUCUUAUUUCACAAUUCACCCCGUUACGAAUUACCCAAUGUUUGCUGAUUCACAGCUGCACCUUUUGUGACUCGUGUUUUGGUGCUGGACUGGAAUUUGAGCCUUUUUGUAUGUAGGUUGGUGGGUGAAGCUUUUGUAUCAAUACAAUAAAGGUUUUUAUCCUUUGCA